CCGGGGAGUUGUCUAGGGAUUUGAGAUCCUGGUGACGAUAGACUCGCAUCAAUUGCCGCUUGAUUACUGACUCUCCUAGUCGUGAACCGCCUGAUACAUAUAUGGCGGCAUUUCCUACCCAUUUCCUACAGCAUCGUCAAACACAAUCCAACAAAAUUGAAAACUCCCUUGAUCAAAUUCCCCUCAGAAACUGUCAUUUGCAUCCUUGUCUUCCUUCUCUCCAUCUUUACAAUGUCGACAGAUAGAGGUCUCGAAAUUUCAGCUGCCUUCCCGUAUAAGAAGAAGAAGGUGCAAGUUUUAGGAAGCAAAAUAGCCUAUGUCGACGUCGGCACUUCUUCUUCCGAAUUUGCUGUCGUCUUUUUACAUGGCAACCCGACUUCUUCAUAUCUUUGGCGCAACGUCUUUCCACAUGUAGCGAAGCAGGGCCGAUGCAUUAUACCCGAUCUCAUCGGCUUCGGCGAUUCUGACAAGAUUCCUGGAUUGGAAUAUAGAGUCCGCGACCACCAGCGCUAUAUCGAUGCUUUCCUCGACGCUGUAUUGCCAACAGAGCGCAUUACUCUCGUCAUCCACGACUCGGGGUCUGCUCUCGGUCUUGACUGGGCUAGCCGUCACGAAGAUCGAACUACGGGUAUCGCUUUUAUGGAAUGGAUUCCGGCUCUUGGUGGUAGCUGGGACGCUCGGUCUCCUGAAUUUAGAACGACCUUUCAAGACCUUCGCACUCCUGAGCUUGGUCGGAGGAUGAUAAUCGAGGAGAACUUCUUUGUCGAAACUAUUCUGCCUAGGGCUGUCUUUAGAGACUUGACAGAAGGGGAGAUGACUGAGUAUCGUCGACCAUUUCUCAUUCCAAAACUAUUUUUCUGGGUGAAACCAGGAGCCAUCAUCAGAGAAGAACAUUUCAAGACAUUGAGCGAGAAGAUGAGGAAUGUAAAGAAUGUCUAUCUCGGGCCUGGAAGCUAUUUCGUGCAAGAAGACUAUCCCCAUAGCAUUGGGCAAGAAGUUUCGGAGUGGAUGGCAGAAUUGAAGCUUUGAUGUCAGC